AUGCCGGUGUUGAAUGACAUGGCUGAGUACGAGAAAUACUAUCGCGACGCGAUGGUGUCAACGUCAAACGGAUUACCGCUUAAGAAAAAUAGAUACUAUGAAGACGACGAUAAUGGACGUCUUCGACCUCCACGUGUCAUUGAUGGCUACCAAUCCAACGAUGAUCGGUAUCGGCAACGUAACCGAAAUGUCAAUGCUUUAGCGAGUCGGUCUCGUAGCGCAAACGAUGACUACCGUAACGACGAAUUCAUUUCGGACUUCGAUACGGAUGACACGAAACGAAAGGACAAGGAAGCGUUGGCUAAACAUAGACAGAAGUUCUUAAAUGUGCCGCGAUCGACUAGUGCAGUGAUCUACAAUCGCCGAGAUCAAACUCAUCCGGAUGCCUACAUUAUAUACGUUUUCUUAAAUGGCCAAGGUAUGGAAUGCCAGCACAUGCACUUUCAAAAGAAGCAAUUAGCGAAAGGCAUGAACUACGUGCUCGAGCUGACAGCCCGUCGCUUCAAUGUGAAUCCUAUGAAAUUAUGUGAUAUGGAUGGCCGUAAAAUUACGGAGCCGUCACAGUUGAUGUCGAGAGGCGCUUAUGUCCUUGUAGCUGCUGGACAGUCCUUUCGAGACACCUGGUACUUCCUGCCUGACAACGCCAUAGAUACCAGGUAG